CCGCUCCGCUCCGCUCCCGCCCGCCCUCGGCCCGGGGCUGCGGCGGGCAGCGCUGCCCGGCGCCGCGGAGCAGCCCGAGAGUCCCGGGCCCGGGGCUGUGUCCAGGCUGCAGCCCAGGAGCCCGGCGGCACGGUUGAUGGUCUUCUGGUCAGCAGCAAUCUGGGAAGAAGAUGGCUCAGCCAGCACCCCUGAACCAGAACCUCCCAGAUCUUGGGGGCCCGUUCUUGUAUCGGGACCAGGAUGAUGGAGAGAAGAGCUCGUAUUCUGUGGAAACCCCUUAUGGCUUCCUGCUGGACCUUGAUUUCCUGAAAUAUGUUGAUGAUAUUGAAAGUGGACAAACACUCAAGAAAGUGCCACUGCCUCGCAGGGUGAAAGGGUCCCGUGCACCGCCCAGCACGCUGCGCAGCCCCAGCAGCCACACCAGCGCCUGGACCUCCACCGAGUCCCUCACCUCCACGGCCAGCGAGGAGGGCAGGACUGCACUGCUGCUGUCCCCGCACGGCCGAGCACCCCUGGAGCCUGCGAACAAGACAACCUCCCACCCCAUCUCACCGCCGCCAGUGCGGCUGCUCCCACCUCCCACCCGCAAGUGCCUCGUGCCAAACCCACGGGUGGAGAAAACCUUGCUGGAGACAAGCAGGAGGCUGGAGCAGGAGCAGGGCCGUUUGCAGGAUAUUGGUGGUCCCUCCCACGUUGGCCUGCCGGGUGCCCUGGGCCAGCCACCCCACUGGGUGCCAGUGGGCGCCGAGGGCCAGGCAGGCUGGGGCCGGGUGAGCCCUGGCAGCUCAGGGCGCAGCACUCCCGCUGCAGGGCUCGGCACGGCCCCACUGCAGCACGUGCGGGAGCAGAUGGCUGCAGCCCUGCGGCAGCUCCGGGACCUGGAGGAGCAGGUGAAAACCAUCCCACUCCUGGAGAUGCAGAUCUGCGAGUUGAAGAGGGAGAAGGCAAAGUUGCUGGAGAAGCUGUCGGCAGAGCCUGGCGAGGCAUUGUAUCACCCCUGUGGCGCUGAGGCAGGGGCAGGGGGUGAGGAGGGGCCCCGUACAGGGCCAGAGAGUGAAGCAGAGCCAGUGAAGGGGCGAAUGAGCAAAAUUGCAGAGCUGAGGAAGCUGACAGAGAAGCUGGCUGUGCCGGAGCGGAACAUCAGGGCUUGGCCAGGCAAGAGCCCCAGGGUGGCUGAGAGGCCGUGCCGCUCUGUGGCAGUGGGUGAGGAUCGAGCCAUGACAGAUGCCGUCUUCUACUACCGGUCGCAGCAGGAGAGUGGGGACGCGCCAGACAGCGGCACACGGGGACGCAGGGAUGUGGCUGUCUGGGUGAUAGAGUCCUCGCUGGGGCUGGCCACUGAGGCAGAGCGGGAGCUGGAGCUGCUGCAGCAGACGGUAGGGCACCAGAAGGAGGUAAUCAGCCUGAUGGAGGGGCACCUGCAGGAGGCCACGCGGGAGCUGGAGGAGCUGCGGCUGGAGGUGUGCGCCCGCCGGCCCCGCGGGCAGGUGGACAAGGAGGUGAUGGCCGUGCCGCAGGUGGCCGAGGCACUGGUGGAGGCUGUGGUAGUGACACAGAGCCGGGCAGCUGGCGACCCCCCAAAGACAGCGGAGGCAGGUGUGGAGUGCUGCCCCCCAACCUCCUGUGUCGCUGUGGGCUGCUGCCCUGACAGGCGGGACGUGGCAGUCGGACCCGGUUCAGCUGCCAGCUGCGAUGACAAGGGCAGCCAGACAGAUGUGGGCAGCGUUGUCCUGGCAGGAGAGGAGAAGGAGCCCAGUGCAGGUGAGGUGAUGGAGCCUGGCCUGGGUGAUGGCCUGAGCAGCCCCUCAGUGCCGGGUGCAGGAGCAAUGGCCGGGAUGUGCCCUGACAGCCAAGGCCCUGGGCCAGCUGUGCUGGAGACAACAGACAGCAACUGGGACCCAGCCCCAGCACAGGACAGUGGAGCUGCCCCAAGCCCUGCAGCCGGAGCCCUGAAGUCCAUCAUGAAGAAGCGGAAUGGUCCUCCCCGGAGCGAGGCAGAGGGCAGCAAGAAGAGCCUGCAGUUUGUGGGCGUGCUGAACGGGGAGUAUGAGAGCACAUCCAGUGAGGAGGAUGAAGAAGGCAACAGCUCCUCUGAGAAGGCUUCAGCCGACAGCUCCAACAGUUCAGAGCAGGGAGACACCGAAACCUCAGAGGAGGAGGCCGGGGAAGGCAUGUGCAAGCCCAGACUGGAGUGCAAGGGGACUGAUGUGACCCUGCUGGAGCCCCCUGAGGUGAAGGAAAAGUUCGAGCUGAGCCCCAGGAUGAGGGAGGCCUGCCUCAUUGUCAAGACCCACCUGGGCCACCCAGGUGCUGCCAAGAGCAAAGAGGUGCUCGCCAGCAGCAGCCUGGUCCUUCAGGAGUGGUUCCGUCUGUCCAGCCAAAAGUCGUCCAUCCCUGACACGGUUGCCAACCACCUCCUGGCCUUUGCUGAGGUCUCACCAGCUCUCCUGGCCCACGUGGUGAACCUGGCAGACGGGAAUGGCAACACAGCCCUGCACUACAGUGUCUCCCACUCCAACUUCCACAUUGUGUGGCUGCUGCUGGAUACGGGGAUCUGUAACGUGGACCACCAGAACAAAGCUGGGUACACCGCCCUGAUGCUGGCAGCACUGGCAGCUGUCGAGCAGGAGGAGGACAUGAAUGUGGUCAGGAGGCUUUUCAGCAUGGGCAACGUCAACGCCAAGGCCAGCCAGGCUGGCCAGACGGCGCUGAUGUUGGCUGUCAGCCACGGCCGGCAGGAGAUGGUGGAAGCCCUGCUGGCCUGCGGGGCCGAUGUGAACCUGCAGGACGAGGAGGGCUCCACGGCGCUGAUGUGUGCCUGCGAGCACGGCCGCCUGGAGACCGUGAAGCUGCUGCUGGCUCAGCCCACCUGCAACAUCUCCAUUGUGGACAGUGACGGUAACAAUGCUGUUGCCAUCGCGCUGGAGGCCGGUCACAGUGACAUCGCUGCGCUCCUCCACGCCCACCUCAACAGCACGAAGGUGCAGGGACCCGUGAGUACCACGCCGCUCCCCACGGGAGGGGAGAGGGCUGAGACACAGACAGGUGUCUCCAGGAAGAGGCUGCAGGAGCAAGAGCAGAGCGUUUCAGGUGCCACGUGCUCAGAACGGCCCUGCUGGCCCUGACCAGGAGUCACCGCAGGGGUCUCAGGCAACUCCUCUCUUUGCAGCAGGGGACGUCACCAACAGCCACAAAGAGCCCUGGGAGUCCGAAGAAACCAAAUUAGAGUGACCUUGGGAUCCAGCCAGGGGCUACCAUCAGCACUGGGCUGUGAUUCACAUCCCCCCACCUGCCACUUCUCUGUGCCAAACUGCUCUCUGCAGCUUUAGUCCUGUCACAAGGACCAUCCCUGGGCCUCCCUCACCCGUCUCCUCCACUGGAUGCAGCCCACACGGGGCCACCUCGCCACCAAGGGACCGGAGCAAAGUGACCUCGGGGCAGGACAUGCAGGGAGCAGAAGCCACCCCAUCCCCUCUGCUCCCUGCCACGACCACUGGAGCUGUGCCACCUCUGAGCCCUCAGCAAGGAGGAACAGCAGAGAACCAACCCAGCAGAAACAGCACCUGGUUUGUCCUCUGGCAGCUCUGAGAAGGCAGCAGUGCCAGUGACAUGGAGCCAGGAGGGCAAGUGACGGGUCCUGGCCCCAGCAGGGACUGUGCUCUGCAGGCACAUCCUGUACAGCAAUGGGAGAGGGAAUGCUGCCUUGGACAGGGGCUGGGAGUAUUUCCAGACUCAAAUACUUGCCCUUCUUUUCUGGCAUUUCCUUUCCUGGCUGAAAUCUGAUUUUUUUUUCCUCUUUUCAAGCACAUGCAUACAAAGCAAAAAAAUUAUAUUGCUUGGCCAAGGGAUGAAGUUCAACAUGAAAUGACUUGGGAUUUAAUUUGCUCAAUGGGAGCAAAACCUCUGAGCAGUUAGGGUUGCAGCCAAGUGAAAAAAGGGGCUGAGGAUGCAUUUGGGGACUAAAUCUGCCUAUCUUAUAACCCACAAGGGGAGCAGGUCCUUCUCCCAAGGAAGAGGGACCAAUUACCUCCUAAACAUUUCCCUAAUUAGCCAGUCCCACAGACUGUGCAGACAGCCAGAGCCUACAGCAAAGUCCCUCUCUGCCCACUUUUCAUCCCAAAAGGGAGAGCAGCUGAAGACAACACCAGGAAAAACACAUGGGCCAGAAGAGCUCAGAGCACACACGUGGAGGCUGCAAAGGAGAACAUGUAUGUCAGAGAAUGUGCCUGUGCAAGUGUGUGAGCACCAUGUGGGGUGGGAACAGUGUAAGGACAAGGACCAGAAGAAGGGUUUUGCAUGGCAAUGCAGCUCUGCUCUGAGCCCUUCACAAAGGUAGAGUGUUGUGGCCCCCAUCCCUGCUCCUUGGCCCAGCCUCCCCACUUCUGCCCUGCCAGACCUGCUCUGAGCUGGGGAGCCCCACAGCCCUCCCCAGAAACUUGCUCUCAGCUUUGCACUGGAGUUCAUAUACAGCGCUUGCUGCCACUCCCUAAUACACUACUCUGUUUACUGGUAUUUUAAUACUGAUGUUUAUUUUUAAGAUAUAAAUAAAAUUUAAAGUUAUUUUGAAAUAUUACAGUGACA